CACCCCCUUCGACAUACAACAACACCUCGUUUCAUUGCAUACUGUACAGCUUCCCAUUGAACCGCUGACUUUGAUUCAGCUUGCCAUCCAUUGAACUUCUCAUCAACUUAGAAAACGCGAAUACGCUGCGUUUGUUUGUGGCGAAAUCUUCCGCAAUUUUGAAAGCGGAACAAAAGAAGAGCGAUUGAUAUCAAUGAACGAGCACAGCAACGAAGCCGACAGCGACAGCGUGCAACGAGCACAUGCCGAGACUCGCAAUGAUGAUGACGAUGGGGAUGAUGGUGAUGACACGUCGGGCUUGACAAACGCGUCGGCGGCGGCAGCGGCAACUCACGCUCACCGCUCGCGACUGCUGCACUACUUUCGCUCGCACGACGGUGAAGACAUUGAACAAGACGGCGACGACGAAGACGACGAUGACGAUGAUGAUGGCGACGACGAGGAGGAGGAGGAGGACCAAGACCAAGAGGACCAGCAGGAUGAGGCAGCCGACCAGCAGCAGCAGCUGGAGGAUGACGACUUUGGAGUCGACGCCGACGACGAGGAGGAAGACCGCUUUGUGCGCAUGCUACUCGAGCAGGAAAACCGACGAGACAUGUUCCGAUGGUCGAGCAGCGACGAGGAAAGCAUGAGUGACUACGAGGUCGAGAUUGCUGGCGGGAUACGCAUGGUGAUUGCACUCCGACGUCCGCGAGGUCACUCGGCGCCAGUUCCUCCAACACACGCUGCUGCAGAGCUAGCCUCAUCGUCGUCGUCGUCAGCAUUGCUUGCUACCAGUUCUGCAGCUGCGGAGGGCGACGUUGGGGACGCAACUGCCGCCGAUUUCACGACAAUUCUACCGCUCGAAAUCUUAGAGUUCAUCCUGUCCUUCCUGGAUCCGGUAGACUUGCAUCGCGCGGGGCAAGUGUCGCGGUUCUGGCAUCAAAUCGCCGACGCAGAUACGCUGUGGAAACCGGCGUGCCACCGCCUGUGGAAGGGCAAAUUCGGCAUGUCGCUCACCAGCUCAGAUCCGCCGCGCUGCAUGGCCCGCGAGGAGUUUGCAGGCCUGCAAGAGCUCGACAUUUGCCGGUUUAAAAAGUACUACUUUGCCACACUCGCCGACUCCAAGCGCACGGUCAUCUCGUUCGACGAGGUGGUCGAUUCGCAGUGGGAUCUCCGAUUCCGAAGCCACUUGCAUGUUGCACACAACACAAACCCGAGAUUCUUUAGGAAUGGCACAUUCAGAUCGAACAUGCAUCGCGAGAGCAUGGUCUGGCGUUUCGUGGACAACACGCACACCAUUCAGGUUGCACACUUUCCGCCCCUGGUCCCGUCCAGAUCUACAAUAGACUGGUCCUUCAAGCUGAAGAAUCCCUGGGUGAUAAUUCGCACUUUGGAUGCCAAUUCGAUGGCGUCUGCCAAGCCUCAAGCAUGAUGUCAACAUGGGCGCGCUUUGUACAUAGAAAUACAACUGAAACAAACAAAAA